CGCUGCCAGGAAACUGGUCCAGGGCUUGGGAAGCGCAGGGCUGGGGUCCGCGCGGAAGUUUUCCCUGGAUUUCAAGUUGAAGAUUUUUCAGUUCAUAAUAUGAAAAUGCUGCUGAUUUUGUUCCUCAUAAUAAUUUUCUCUCAUUUUUCUGUGAACCAAGAUUCUGGCCCUGAGUAUGCAGAUGUCGUGUUUCUGGUGGACAGCUCUGAUCACCUGGGAAGGCAGUCCUUCCCUCUUGUGAAAACGUUCAUCAACAAAAUGAUCAACAGCCUCCCCAUAGAGGCCAGCAAAUACCGCGUGGCCCUGGCCCAGUACAGCGACAGGCUCCACAGUGAAUUCCAGCUGAGCACCUUCAAGGGCAAGAACCCCAUGUUGAACCACCUCAAGAAGAACUUCGCGUUCAUGGGCGGCUCCCUGAAGAUUGGAAAUGCUCUCCGGGAGGCUCACAGCACCUAUUUCUCUGGACCUGCAAACGGGAGAGACAAGAAGCUGUUUCCCCCGAUCCUGGUGGUCCUGGCUUCGGCUGAGUCCGAGGAUGACGUGGGAGAGGCUGCCGAGGCUCUGCGGAAAGAUGGGGUGAGAAUCAUCUCCGUGGGGGUGCAGAAAGCUUCGGAGGAGAACCUGAAGGCCAUGGCCACGGCUCAGUUUCAUUUCAACCUUCGGAAUGUCAGAGACCUCGGCACAUUUUCCCAGAACAUGACACAGGUCAUCAAGGAUGCCGCUCAGUACAAGGAAGGAGCAGUUGAUGACACUCUUGUCGAAGUUUGCCAAGGCACAUCCGUGGCCGACCUUGUGUUCCUGUUGGAUGUGUCUGUCAACGGCAGCGAGGAGAACUUUGACUAUCUUAAAGAAUUCCUAGAAGAAAGUGUAUCUGCUCUUGAUAUAAAGGAAAACUGCAUGAGGGUUGGCCUUGUGGCCUAUAGCGAUGAGACACAGGUGAUCAGUUCACUGAGCAGGGGCAUCAAUAAAUCGGAGGUCCUCCAGUCUAUACAGGACCUCUCUCCCCAGCCGGGCAGGGCCUACACCGGGGCCGCCAUCAGCAAGAUCAGGGAGGAGGUCUUCAGUGCACAGAACGGCAGUCGGAAGAAUCAGGGGGUGCCCCAGAUCACCGUGCUGGUGACCCACCAACCGUCAGAGGACAACGUGACCAAGGCAGCCCUGAACCUCCGGCGCCAGGGAGUGUCCAUCUUCACCGUGGGCAUAGAGGGGGCUAGCACCAUCGAGCUGGAAAAGAUAGCAUCGCACCCCGCCGAGCAGUUUGUCUCCAACCUGAAGACCUUCUCCGACCUGGCUGCUCACAACCAGACAUUCCUGAAGAAGCUGCGGAACCAAAUAACGCACACAGUCUCCGUCUUUUCAGAGCGGACCGAAACCCUCAAAUCCGGUUGCGUGGACACUGAAGAAGCAGACAUCUACCUGCUCAUUGAUGGCUCUGGGAGCACCCAGGCCGCAGACUUCCAGGAAAUGAAGACCUUCCUGUCAGAGGUCGUACGGAUGUUCAACAUCGCUCCCCAGAAGGUGCGGGUUGGGGCCGUUCAGUACGCUGACAGCUGGGACUUGGAAUUUGAAAUCAAUAAAUACUCAAACAAGCAGGAUUUGGGAAAGGCCAUCGAGAACAUCAGGCAGCUGGGUGGGAGUACGAACACGGGCGCGGCCCUAAAUUUCACACUGGGCCUGUUGCAAAAAGCAAAGAAGCAACGAGGAAACCGGGUGCCGUGUCAUCUCGUUGUCCUGACAAACGGCAUGUCCCAGGAUAGCAUCUUGGAGCCUGUGCGCAGACUGAGGGAAGAGCUCAUCCAUGUUUAUGCCAUCGGGGUCAAGGACGCCAACCAGACACAGCUGCGGGAAAUUGCAGGCGAGGAAGACAGGGUGUACUACGUGCAUGACUUCGACUCGUUGAAAGACAUAAGAAACAAAGUUGUUCAAGAAAUCUGUACUGAAGAAGCUUGCAAAGAGAUGAAAGCUGACAUCAUGUUUCUGGUGGACAGUUCUGGCAGUAUAGGAUCUGAGAACUUCUUCAAAAUGAAAACAUUUAUGAAACAUCUGGUGAACAAAUCUCAGAUUGGGGCAGAUCGGGUGCAAAUCGGAGUGGUCCAGUUCAGUGACAUCAAUAAGGAGGAGUUUCAGCUCAACAAGUAUAUGUCCCAAAGUGAAAUUUCAGAUGCAAUCGACCAAAUGCCUCACAUUGGACAAACCACGAUGACUGGCAGUGCCCUGACCUUUGUGUCUCAGUACUUUAGCCCCACCAAGGGGGCCCGGCCCAAUGUCAGGAAGUUUCUCAUCCUUAUCACAGAUGGUGAAGCUCAUGACAUAGUCAAGGACCCAGCGGUAGCCCUUCGGCAAGAUGGCAUAAUUAUCUACUCUGUGGGGGUGUUUGGCUCCAAUGUCACCCAGCUGGAGGAGAUCAGCGGGAGGCCAGACAUGGUUUUUUAUGUUGAGAAUUUUGACAUUCUGCAGGGCAUUGAAGAUGAUCUUGUUUUUGGAAUAUGCAGCCCCCAUGAAGAAUGCAAGCGAAUUGAAGUGUUAGAUGUUGUGUUUGUAAUUGACAGCUCUGGCAGCAUUGACUCUAAUGAAUAUAAUAUCAUGAAGGAUUUCAUGAUAAACUUGGUGAAAAAAGCUGAUGUUGGCAAGAAUCGGGUCCGGUUUGGGGCUAUGAAGUACGCUGAUGAUCCAGAGGUGCUAUUUUAUCUGGAUGACCUUGGCACGAAAUCAGAAGUGAUCUCAGCACUCCAGAAUGACCACCCCAAGGGGGGCAACACGUACACCGCUGAGGCACUAGCCUUCUCGGACCACAUGUUCACCGAAGCCCGUGGCAGCCGCGUGCACCGAGGGGUCCCCCAAGUCCUCAUCGUGAUCACCGAUGGGGAAUCCCAUGAUACAGAAAAGCUCAACGCCACAGCCAAGGCCUUGAGAGACAAAGGCAUUCUUGUCCUGGCCGUGGGGAUCGAUGAUGCUAAUCCCGUGGAGCUGCUCGCCAUGGCGGGAUCAAGUGACAAGUACUUCUUCGUGAAGACUUUUGGAGGCCUGAAGGGGAUAUUUUCGGACCUGUCAGCCAGUGUGUGUAACUCUUCACAAGUAGGUUGUGAAAUUGAAAAAGUAGAUCUAGUUUUCCUCAUAGAUGGUUCAAAUAGCAUUGGUUCAGAUGACUUCAAGAAGAUGAAGGCGUUCUUGGCAUCUGUUGUUCAAGACUUUGGUGUCAGUGCCAACAGAGUGCAAAUAGGAGCGGCCCAGUUUAGCCAUACCUAUCGGCCAGAGUUUCCACUGGGAAAGUUCACAGGCAAAAAGGAGGUAUCAUUUCAGAUUGAAAACAUCCAGCAGAUCUAUGGAGGCACACACAUCGGCGCUGCGCUCCGGAUGGUGGGGCAUUACUUCCAGCCAGACAUGGGCAGCCGGAUGAAUGCAGGUACCCCACAGGUGUUGCUGCUCCUCACAGAUGGCCAGUCCCAAGAUGAGGUGGCUCAGGCCGCAGAAGAGCUGAGACACAAAGGUAUUGACAUCUACACUGUGGGCAUCGGGAAAGUGGACGACCAGCAGCUCAUUCAGAUCAGCGGGACUGCAAGUAAGAAGCUGACGGUUGAUAACUUUGAUGAACUACAGAAGGCCAAGAAAAGGAUAAUUCGCAACAUCUGUACCACAGGGGGUGACAGCAAUUGUUUUGUGGAUGUUGUGAUAGGAUUUGACAUCUCAACUCAGCAGAAGGGGCAGACUUUUCUCGAUGGUCAAUCUUGGAUGGAAACCUACCUUCAAGACAUCUUACAUGCAGUCAGCUCCCUUAAUGGGGUUAGCUGUGAGGUGGGCACGGAGACUCAGGUUAGCAUGGCUUUUCAAGUGACCAAUGCCAUGGAAAAAUAUUCCCCCAAGUUUGAGAUCUACAGUGAAAACAUACUGAAUAGCUUGAAGGAUGUAACAGUUAAAGGACCAUCUUUUCUCAAUGCAAAUUUCUUGAGUUCCCUGUGGGAUGCUUUUCAGAAUAAAUCGGCUGCUCGAGGCAAGGUGGUUCUCUUAUUUUCGGAUGGAUUGGAUGAUGAUAUUGAAAAACUUGAACAAAAAUCUGAUGAGCUUAGAAAAGAAGGCCUGAAUGCCCUCAUAACUGUUGCUCUGACUGGAGCCACGGACUCAAGUGACCUGGCUGAUCUUCUUUACAUUGAAUUUGGGAAAGGAUUUGAGUACAGGACCCAGUUCACUAUUGGAAUGAGGGAUCUCGGGAGCCAAUUGUCAAAGCAUUUGGUCAAUGUUGCCGAAAGGACUUGCUGUUGUUUAUUUUGCAAGUGUAUUGGAGAAGAUGGCACCAUGGGAGAUCCUGGACCAGCUGGGAAAAAGGGACUCCCAGGUUUUAAAGGCAGUGAAGGCUACCUGGGAGAGGAGGGCAUUGCUGGAGAAAGAGGAGCCACUGGACCAGUGGGAGAGCAAGGCACUAAGGGAUGCUAUGGCGCCAAAGGUCCCAAGGGACAAAGGGGACUAUAUGGACAGGAGGGAGAAGCUGGGGAAAGCGGAAUUGAUGGAUUAAAUGGUGUACAGGGUGACAAUGGCCUUCCUGGAAGAAAAGGAGAAAAGGGUGAUGAAGGAUCCCAGGGAAGUCCAGGAAAGAAAGGGAUUGCUGGCGACCGUGGAGCAAAGGGCCUGCGAGGAGACCCUGGAGUUCCUGGAUUUAACAACAGCAUAGAAGGACCCAAGGGCUUGAAAGGAGAUCAUGGAAGAGAGGGUAGAAGAGGCUGGCCAGGCCCCCCUGGAACACCAGGCUCCAGAAGACAGACAGCAGCUCAUGGCCAAAGGGGACAUAUAGGCCCGCAGGGGGCAACAGGCAUCCCAGGCCCAGAUGGACUUGAAGGCUCACUCGGACUUAAGGGCCCUCAGGGCCCAAGAGGAGAGGCUGGUGCAAAAGGAACAAAAGGAGGUCUGGGAAGUCGAGGUCCCCAGGGGCCUCCAGGACCAGAAGGAAAGGCAGGAAGUCAAGGCCAUUUGGGAAGCCAAGGAAAUAAAGGAGAACCUGGAGAUGUAGGAGAAAAAGGAGCUGUUGGCCUUUCUGGUCCUAGAGGCUUACCGGGUGACGAUGGCAGCCCAGGUUAUGGCAACAUCGGAAGUAAAGGAGCAAAGGGACAAGACGGAUUCCCUGGACAGAGUGGACCUAAGGGUGAGAUUGGGGACCCUGGUGGUCCAGGAAAAACUGGACCCAAGGGUGCUAGAGGUCAGACGAUAUCCGCUGGACUUCCAGGAGAACCAGGAUCCCCUGGGGAGAUGGGACCUCCUGGACGCAAGGGUGUGAAAGGGGCCAAAGGAAUGGCUUCAUUUUCCAUGUGUGAGCUCAUUCAGUAUGUGCGGGACCAUAGCCGUAAGUACCCUGCUUAAAAUGAUCACCCAAGCUGUCAGCAUUCACAGAAGAAAAGCAGCAAUUUCUGCACUCAAAAUUGAGA